AUGAAGAAACGUCGUUUGGAGAAUCUAUCAUGUCAAAUAGCUCAUGACGAGAAUAUUUUAAUCGAACGGCCCGAGACAAAAAUCGAACUGCUUGAUAAAAAAAUCGAACUGUCAACUCGUAUUCGUAAAAAAAAAGAUGAUAAAGUACCGAUGCUGACGAAAUAUGAUAUGGAACCGUAUGUUGAAGUACCACAAAAUGGCAGAUCAGUUGUUGAUGGAAAUGCUACAGUGGAAGAUGAAACUAAAACUAGAUCAUCAAGAAAGGCACCAAUUUUUGAACAAGAGGAUACAUCUACACCUAGUCUAAGACUUAGAAGAGAUUCACAACCAAUUGUUAUUCAUAAACACCAAUUUAUCUACCAAGGUCCUGUAGUAAAGACUAAGGGAAAAAAUACUCAGAUAUCUAUUGGUAGUAACAAAGGGGAUAUGCAAAUAAAGCAUAACAUGGAUGAUGCUGCUAAUAGUGAAGAUGAACCACUGUUAUCUGACCAAGAUCAUGAAGAUGUAACCAAACAAGUAGUUCCUUUUGACGUUCAUGAUACAAAAUCUCAUCCUACUAGUGUAGAACAAGGGGAUAAUGAUAAUAAGAAUGGUGGUAUUAUAAAUUAUGAUGAUGUAAAUAGAGGAGAGGUUUUUGAUAGUGUCAAUGAUGAAAAUGAAAAAAUUGGUGGACAUGAAAAUAAUGAAACAAGUCUUAAAUCAGACAAAGUUGAAGAUAGCUCUUUAGAUGAAAGAAAAAUUGAGACAGAUAAACCUGCCACUAAACAGCUAUCAGGAACAGACAGGAAAGAAAAGUCAACUGAGAAAAUAUUAAAAAGAGGAGUGUCUGAAUCACAUGAAAGCUUGUUCAACAUUGAAGAUGUUAAAGCUCAAUUCAGUAAUAUGGAUGAAUACAAACGUAAGAUUAUUCUUGGUUUAUUGCCUACAUUUGUAAGAUCAUUUUGA